AUGUCGGAACCACAUGUCAAUCCAAUAAUUCCUGGGUUUGCUCCCGAUCCUUCUGUCGUGUUGAUUGACGGUACAUUCUUCCUCGUGAAUUCUUCGUUUCAUGUUUUCCCCGGACUCCCUAUUUAUGCCUCGAAAGACCUCAUCUCGUGGAAACAAAUUGGAAAUGCUAUUAAUAGACAAAGCCAGCUGAGCCUUACAAGGUCCCGGACAAAUUUGGUUGACUUGAAAGAUCUUGGUGAAGUGAUGCUUGCAACUGGUGGAUUGUACGCUCCGACAAUCCGUCGCUAUGGAGGGAUAGUCUAUAUUCUAUGCACCAACGUGAUUCAUGACGACGACCCUUCUAUGGACAACUUGAAGCAGAACUUCAUUGUCACUACCGACGACAUCUGGUCUAACAAAUGGAGCGACCCCAUCUACUUCGAAUUCGAUGGAAUCGACCCGAGCCUCUUCUUCGACGAUGAUGGACGCUCAUACAUUCAAGGCUCAGCUUCACCUGGACCAAUGACGAAGAUCAAUCAAUUCGAGGUUGAUCUCCAGACCGGUAAGAAAUUGUCAGAGGAGAGGAAAAUCUGGGAUGGAAAUGGCGAUAUCUAUCCCGAGGGUCCUCAUCUCUACAAAAAAGAUGGCUGGUACUAUCUUAUGAUCUCUGAAGGAGGUACGCAUGAGAAUCAUAUGAUCACUGUGGCGCGGUCCAAACAUAUUUGGGGCCCAUACGAGUCAUUCAGCGGAAACCCGAUCCUGACUGCUCGAGGGACGAACGAGUAUAUACGAUAUACUGGCCAUUGUGAUGUAUUUCAGGACCAACAAGGCCAAUGGUGGGGAGUCUGUCUAGGAGUUAGAAAAGCUGACGGGAGGUUCAUCAUGGGCCGUGAAACUUUUCUUACCUCUGCUGCGUGGCCUGAGGGCGAGUGGCCGAGCCUGAGUCAGGUCAAAUUGGAUCCCAAAUUGCCGAACGGGGAAGAGAUGGUUCGACCUGAAGGCAGUCGUGCAGUCACUGCCGCGCCAAUGGUUGACUACGUUUAUAUUCGAGAUGCGGAUCUCCAGAAACACCAAUUCUCGGCCGAUGGCAACAACAUCACUCUCACAUCCAGUCCAGAUGACAUUUCGCAGUAUCCGAAGCCGGUCACAUUUGUGGGAAAGCGGCAACGCUUACUGAGCGGCACGUCGCUGGUCACGAUGCACAAGCCUGGAGCUCAGGGCAAACUAGAUGCCAAAGCUGGAUUGGUGUGCUACCAGGACGAGCAUCGCUACGCCCGGAUCUUCUACGACUUUGCAGAAUCUUUGCUGGUGUUCGAGAUAGUCAAUAACGCCAAAUCCCUCGCACGAACAUCAAAGCGAAGCUUCCAGCUGGGAGAAUCUGUUUCACUACGCAUUGAAUACACGGAGACGACGUAUCGCUUUUCAUUUAGAGACGAGCAGCUUUCCACGGACUUCUCAGUCCUUGAGUCCCUGGAUACACUGGACCUGACCGGACCAGAUUUUGUCGGACCAAUCAUGGGCAUCUUUGCGGUGGGUGCGGGACAGGACUUCCAGGUCCAGUUCAGUGGGCUUCAGGUCGACUAG